AAAGUUAUCGAAAACUUAUCUAGAAAUGAAAAAAUUGGCUGUAAGGAAAACCAAUUUUGGGAGACAUCUUCUAGACAAAGUUAUCGAAAACUUAUCUAGAAGUGAAAAAAUUGGCUGAUAGGCGACGUUGAAACUAACAGUAAUAAGUUGGAGAUUUGCUACUACAUCAUGUCUAGUAAUAUAUCAUCAGAGGGAACCUCGACGAUAGAACGCGUGGAAUAUCUUGGUGAUAAAAUGCAAGUACAAAACCUUGAAAGUAAAAGUGUUAAUAUUCUGAAUAAGGUGUGUCCAGUAUUCAAUUUGCUGUCAAAGGAGUUUAUAUCAAAAUUAUACAUGAUUCAGAUAUGUGGGAAGACUUCAGAUGGAGCUUUGCUCAUGACAACAGAUCUAAUGACGUAUGGAUUAGGUAAUAAUCAAGGAGGUCAGUUAGGAAUAGGACAUAUGAGCACAACACAGCCUGUACUAAUUGGAAUUUUAAGUGGACAAAAAAUUAAAAAGUUGAUUUAUUUAAACUCACCUGCUGUUUUUGUUCUUACUGAAAAAGGACAGAUAUAUUCAUGGGGAUCCAAUCAAUACAACUUAGGUCUUGAAGACCAACAAGCGUACGGAACAACACGUUUACCAAGUCUUAUAACUAGUUUAAAAAAAGAGCGCAUCAUAGAUAUUGCAGCCAGCGUAUAUCAUGCUGUUGCACUUACUGAAAGUGGAAAAAUAUAUUUGUGGGGAGUGUUAGUCUAUUAUAUAUAUAAUAAUCAUCAAGCUAUUGUUUCAUCUUCAAAAAAUGUUAAAGUACCACAACUAGUUUGGAAUGACAUGUCUGAACAGAUCAAGUAUAUCUGUUGUGGCUACAACUUUACUAUUGCUGUGACAAACAAAGGUGUAUAUGGUGUGGGUGACAAUUCUAACUAUCAGCUAGGAAUAAAUGACAAUUCACUCUUGAUUUCUAAAGACACUUCAGUAAGAUUUAAACUAAUCUUUUGCAAUGAAAAAUUAGAAGCAAUUCACAAUGAUGUAGUUAAAGUAGUAUGCGGUUUGCACCACGUAAUGGCACUCGAUAACGAGGGAAAUCUGUAUGUCUGGGGUAGUAAUACACGUGGACAAUUAGGAAUAAACAAGUCUACAGAUAAGUCAAUAUGCAAAAUGUUGGAUGUGCCUGAAAUGGGAAAGAUAGUAAAUAUCGCUGCUCUGUCACACAAAGACAUAAGCGUCGCUCUCAACGAUAAAGGACGUGUUUACGUAUGGGGUUUUUAUUUCCAUCUAGUUGAUUAUCCGAUGGAAAUAAACGUUUCUGAUAUGUACACAGUUUUUGGAUGUGAGUUGCCGUAUAUCAUUCGCACAUCAACAUUGAAGUAUUCCAAAACUUCUGAAAACAUAGAAACUAUGUUUGAUGAUUCUUCGGUAAGCGAUUUAACAAUACGAGUACAGGGCCAACCUAUUCACGUUCACAAAGUUAUCUUAAAUAUUCGCAGUGAGUAUUUUAGAAACAUGUUUCACCAAACAGAGUGGAAGAAUAGUCAUCAAAGUGUCAUCGAACAUAAUGAGUUUUCUUACGACAUUUAUAAAUGUUUUCUGAAGUAUUUAUACACUGGCAAAAUCGAUCUACCUGUAGAGAAAACAUUAGAAUUAUUAGCCUUAGCUAAUAAAUAUAAGGAGACAGAACUUAUGAAUUGUUGUAUUCAAAUCUUAAAGAAUGAGUGUACCAAAGAGAAUAGUGAUAAGUUUGUCACGAUGAUAUUAAGUACAAUACAGAAGGUAAGUGUUACAAAUGUGUAAUAUCUCUGGUAAUGUCAUUAAUUGGUGUUUAUGUAUGUAAUAACAGCAUAUAACAUCAAAUCUUCUCCUUAGCUUUAGAGCGCAAAGUGUACUUCCCCAUUAGCUUAACCACAUUCUGAGGUUUCAUGGCAUGUGAUUUUUUUAUGGAAUAUGCUAACCAUACGCUCAAACUCUCAACCUGGAAAAGCCAGAUUUUUUUGGUUUCAGUUUCACUGGAUCUAAAGUUCUUAAAUGGAAUUCGCUUAACUAUGCUAAUGCUGACUAUUGGUAUUGUAGAUUAUUUGUGCAAUACUUAUUGUGCAAUACCGAUAUGGUUUGCCUUUCAUAUUCGAUGUGCUCAACUGAAAGGAAUCGAAAUUUGUUUUUUUCAUUAACUAAAUUUUUAUUAAUCAAAUUAGUUAACCGUUUGCGUGCACGCGCAUUGUGCCGGUGUACGCAUUUUUUUUUGCAUGUUUCUUGUUUAUGCGCGCAUAUUUAAUAGUAAGAAAAAUGGGGUAUCAAAGAUUAUAUUUUUUGAGUAAAUAUUAGUUUCCAUAAUGCUUAUUUAGAAGAAUAAUCUCUAUCGGCUAAUAAAAAAUUCUAAAAUGUUGAACAGAUUCGACCAUCAAGUUUGUACAAAACUCUUGCUAAUGUAAAUCUGCGAUAUCAGUAUAAUAUGAUAUAAGUUGUGUAAUUCUUAAGAGUUAAAGAGCUCGUGCUUGCAAGUUAUUUUCAGUAAUACCAGUGUGAAACAAAUAUUUUGAACUGAGAAAAAUUAAAGAA